AUGGGGUACUUCGACCCGGCUUUCUGUGACGAGGCCUGCGCGCGGGACCGCUGCUCCAACGACAUCUCCUGCCAGGGCUACACCCUCGCGACGGAGGCCAUCAACGGCCAACAUGCCGCGUCGCUGAAGGGGGAGGUCACCGGGUCCAGUGCCUGGGAAGGCUACACGUGCAUCAAGAAGUUGACCGAGUGCGCGUGCGGCAUUGGAAGCGACGCCUCCACGUCGCGGGCCAUGGUUCCCAUGGCGCUUGCUCUGUGCCAGGCUUUGUGCUUGGUCUUCAAGCUUCUUGAAGACCUUCCUGGAAUACUGCGCGUGCUACUCAAAGUGGUUGACCCUGUAGGCGGCUCUCUUGGGCUAGUAUCUGCCCGGGCAGCAAGCGACCGGUGCGCUACGUUCGGCGGGUUGCCGAUCCUUGCAAAGUCUUGGAUGAGUCUUUUCCGUAUGGGGUCUGUCUCAGGGUAG